CCGGUACUCAACCGUUUCUUCUCUUCCUCGAUUAACUCGAGCGCUGCCGCUGCCGGUUGUACUCCCCGAACUACUUCGGCAACCCGUUGUAAUGGUCGACAUGGCGACCGAGGAAAUAAUCAAGCAUUUUCUUAAGAAAAGAUGAAGAUAGCCGAGACACAGUUUCAGGUUUCACACCAUGUGAUGAUCACCCGGGACGUGUGAACUUAAGAACUCCUGUGUUCAGAAGAUUUUUUGAUUCCAGUGGAAUCUUUCGUUUUUUUCCAUCUAUUAUUCCCUUUUUGUUAAAUGACACACCCGAUCACACAUACACCCCAAAAGAGAAACCCCCCCACCAUUGUUUACAUGUAGAACAACCUUGCUACGAUGCCUGUACAAGCUCCACAAUGGACAGAGUUUUUACUGUGCCCCAUAUGCACCCAGACGUUCGAGGAAACGGUGCGUCGGCCCAUCAGUUUGGGUUGUGGCCACACCGUUUGCAAGAUGUGCCUCAACAAGCUGCACCGCAAAGCUUGUCCAUUUGACCAGACGGCCAUCAACACUGACAUCGAGCAGCUGCCUGUCAACUCUGCCCUGCUACAGCUGGUUGGGGGUCAGGUGCCCAAACAGCAACCUGUGGUGUUCAUUACAUGUCCAGAGGACACCAAGCAUUAUGAUGAGGCACGGCAGUGUGUUGAGGAGCUGGCCCUCUACCUCAAACCCCUCAGCAGUGCACGAGGAUUGGGGUUGAGUAAUGCUGCUCAGAGCAUGCUGAGCCGCCCCAUGCAGAGGAAGCUGGUGACUCUGGUGCACUGUCAGCUGGUGGAAGAGGAAGGACGGGUCAGGGCCAUGCGGGCAGCCCGUUCUCUGGGUGAAAGGACUGUUACUGAGCUCAUUCUGCAGCACCAAAACCCCCAGCAGCUCUCCUCCAACCUAUGGGCUGCUGUCAGAGCCAGAGGCUGCCAGUUCCUGGGCCCUGCCAUGCAGGAGGAGGCACUAAAGCUGGUGCUGUUGGCUUUGGAAGAUGGAUCCGCUCUUUCCAGGAAGGUUCUGGUCCUCUUUGUGGUCCAGAGACUGGAACCAAGAUUUCCUCAGGCCUCCAAAACCAGUAUUGGACAUGUAGUUCAGCUCCUCUACCGUGCCUCCUGCUUCAAGGUGACUAAGCGAGAUGAGGAUUCAUCAUUAAUGCAGUUGAAAGAGGAAUUCCGCACGUAUGAGGCACUUCGGCGGGAACACGACUCUCAGAUUGUUCAAAUCGCAAUGGAGGGAGGGCUCCGCAUCGCGCCCGAUCAGUGGUCUUCUCUGCUGUAUGGAGACCAGUCUCAUAAGUCUCACAUGCAGUCCAUCAUUGACAAGCUGCAGACCCCAGCAUCGUUUGCUCAGAGCGUGCAGGAGCUGACCAUCGCACUGCAGAGGACGGGUGACCCUGCCAAUCUCAACCGGCUGAGACCUCACCUCGAGUUACUCGCUAACAUCGACCCUAGUCCAGAUGCUCCUCCUCCGACCUGGGAGCAGCUGGCGAAGGGGCUGGUGGGGGUAAAGACUGUGGUGCACGGCCUAGUGGACUUCAUCCAGAACCACAGCAAAAAGGGUGCCGACACGCAGCAGCCUCCACAGCACAGCAAAUACAAGACGUACAUGUGCAGAGACAUGAAACAGAAAGGAGGCUGUCCCAGAGGAGCUAGCUGCACCUUCGCCCAUUCUCAGGAGGAGCUGGAAAAGUACCGUAAAAUGAACAAACGUCUUGCUGCACGAGUGCCCUGCACCCCUGGCCUGCUGCCUGAGGAGGUGGUCCCACUGGAGCCUGGGCGAAAGGCCUCUACACUUACCAACGGGGCCCCUCUUCCCCAGCUCAUCCCCAGAGGCACAGACCCCUCAACAUAUGACCUCUUACUCAAGCCCAAGAUGGACGCCAUUAGCCGGAGCGCUCCUGGGUCACCACCCGACACUUUGGAUAAAUCUAGCUUGGCCCUGACAUCCCACCCUGUGCCUCACCCCAGGGCAGAGCACUUACCCAUGCUCAAGCAGGUGUCAGUCAUGCCCAGAGGUGCACCACAGAUGUAUCCACAACAGCAGCCCGAGCUCUUCUAUCCAGAGCCCACCAGACCUCCUCCCUCAGGAUCUCAGUAUGAUGCUCAGUAUCCAACAGGCAACCCCUACCCAUACCAACCUCCACCGUAUGUCCCUCCCCGCUAUAUACGUAAUCCGCCUCCCCCAGGCGAGUCUGCAGUGCCACCUUACCCAGAGCCCUACCCGGGUUACAUCCCAGAUCGCCAAUAUCCAAGCCACCACUCUGGUCCCCCUUUCUCAUCCCACACAUAUGCACCAGCCUCCCAUUACAGUCGCAGACAUGGACACUAUCCUGUACCCCCACCUCAGUUUGCCCCGCCCAGAGACGACUUGGUCAGGAUGAGCCCAGUUCCUCUGGACAUUCCACCAGCCGCUAUGCCUCCACCUCCAGCAGGGGCUGCAGGUUCUCUGUACCACCCCCAGGAAGCGUCAUCCAGAGACAGAUACCCACCGGAGGGGUACUAUCCUCCUGGACCGCACCCCAGCCAAAUGCGGUCCCACAUAGGACAGGACCCGUACAGCCGCUCUCAGCCCAGUCUGGAUGACUUGCAUCGCAGGCGCAAAGAGCUGCUUGUCCAGCUAGAGGAGAGAAAAGUCAUCUCUCCUCCCCCCUUUGCUGCCUCCCCGACUCUCCCUACACACCCGUUCCCCAACGACUACCCUCGGGAGUAUUUGGAGGACGGCUCUAAAGCCUUUGGAAGUCGGGAGCCGGACUACGCUGGGCAGUAUUCCCCCUGGUCAUGUGACACCAUAGGAUCAUACAUUGGCUCCAAGGAUGCUAAACCAAAAGAUGUCAGUAGUGCUGUGGAGAUGAUGAAUGCAGAGGGGAAAGUUCUCCGUGAACCUCCACUGGACACCCAGCGGCGCUCUGCAGAAGCCAAAGACGACGAUCCCAUCAUUCCCUUUGGUCCUCUGCCCACAGUGUCUCCUUUUGGUGCCAUUUCACGUACCUCUAAAACGGGUUACCAGACCACUGUGCCUGUACAGGCCAUAGCAUCCUCACAGGCCUCGGGCUCCAAACACAUGACCAUGACAGCAGACUAUCCAUAUGGAAACCACAGUGGAUGGGGAGGAGCGUCGUACCCUCAGCACCAGAGCAUUAACUCUCAGGGACACUUCAGCGAGCGUCUGCCAGUGUCUGCCCCUGACCGCGAGCAGCUCAAGAUUGAGCUCCAGCAAGUCAACCAACAGAUCAGUCAGCAGACACGCGGCAUGGAGGCGUGUGCGCUGGCAUCUCAGCCUGCGGCUGGAGUGAAGUGGUCUUCAGGUGGCACUGUGUCUAGUGAGCAGCUCAGCCUGGAGCUUGAUCACGUAGAGCUGGAGAUCAAAAAGAGAACCCGUGAAAUCACCAUUGAGAACCAGGUGGCCCAUGAAUACAAGCUGAAGGCCGCUGAGAAUGGGCAGACUGACCAUAAAGCCCAGCUGGAGGAACUCUCUUUAGCAUUGGGUGAGGUGUCUAAUGGAUCCAGUGGCAUGAAGCCAGCCAGUAGUAUGGGUGGAUCUAUGCUCUCGCUGACCAAUAAGACGUCUUCUCUCACGCUCUGCUCCGCUGACCAAGCAGCGAGUAGCUCAGACCUUCAAAAGAAUGGUGUUGUUCACUCUUGCUCUUGAGUGCACACACACACACACACACACAGACAGACAACCUCUCCAGAGGUCAAUAUUCCUUCUCAGAGGGCUUUGAAAUUAAUCUCUUGACUAAUUCGAACCAGUUUCAAGAGACACAAGAUGUGUUUUUAAUAUUCAGACGGAGCUGAUAUGAGGGACACAC